AUGACGGAUCGCUUGUUUGAGACCAAAAAACACGCCGAUUUAUAUGCCAAAUACAGGUCUAAUGUUCCCACUGUUAUAAUUGACAAAAUAUUGGAUUACCUGGGUCAACAAAUAGAUAAAAAUGAAUGGGAUACAGUUGUUGAUGUGGGUUGCGGUUCGGGUCAGGGAACCAAUGGUAUUGCACCACAUUUUAAACAUUGUUACGGGUUUGACGUGAGUGCAGCACAGAUUAAAGUGGCCAAAGAGUCACAACAUCCCGAUAAUGUCAAAUAUGAGGUUUGUCCGGCAGAGAACUUGCCAUCAAUUGUCUCAAAUAGUGUUCAAUUAGUGACUGCCUUUGAAGCGGUUCAUUGGUUUGAUUUUGACAACUUUAUGGCAGAGGUAUCGCGUGUUUUGGUCAUCAAUGGUGUGGUAGCACUUGUCGGCUAUUUCAUACCCGACACCAUCGAUCCGGACAAACCCGACGACAAUCGUAUUACACAAUUAUAUACUGAUUUAUAUUUAGAUGACAGAAUACAACCGUUCAAAAAUCCCAAACUUUCAUCUCUAGAAAACAGUUAUCGAAACUUUAAAUUUCCCCAAAAUUAUGAGUUCCUUCGCAUCGAUAGUAUUAGCACAGAGAAAACAGAGUUGGCUAUUGAUAUUGUUAAGGGUAUAGAAUCGGCUUCACAUAUUCAGGCACUGGCAGCCAAACAUCCCAUUACAGCACAGACUAUAAUACAAGAAUUGACAGAAAAAUUACAACAAAUUCUCCAAACAGAUGACUUGUCCACAAAACAACUUUUAGAUAUCACUCACUACUUUGUAGUGUUGGCCCGAAAAUUAAAUGAUUAA